UUUUACAAAUUCGCGUUCUAGCAAAAAUAAUGACGAGGUUUAUUAAAGUUUGUCUGCUUUGUAAACCAUUUAAUUUAAUUUGAUUUUCUUUUGGUGUAGAUUCGGAGAGUUUUUCGUUUAGUGAUUAUUUGUGAAAAUGUAUAGAAACAAAAAGGACGUCGAUAAACACGUGGAUAGUUUGAUGUUCAAAUUGUCACCCAAAGACUUCAAAACUAGAGCAUAUUCUAUUGCGCGGUUGUAUUUCGAAGUGGGGGAUUAUGGAAGCUGUCAAAAAUACGUAGAACAGUACCUCACCCAAAAAUCGAAUAACGCAGCUGCCCAUAAACUACUCGGCCAGGCAUUUCAAAAGCUAGGGCAGAAGGAAAAAGCUAUUGAGCAGUAUAAAACCUCCCUGGACAUUGAUCCUACCCAAACGAGUACUAUUCUGGAUGUUUGUGAAUUACUAGCAGAUGAUGAUGUUACCAUUGACUCUGGACGUGCUAAGUACUGGUGUGAAAAAGCUGAAGCUAUGUUUCCCAAACAUCCAGUAACAUUUAGUUUACGAGAAAAACUCCUGUCUGUUGCAAACCCAGAUCCAGAAGCUCUAGUAAAGUUACUAAAAACUGAAUUGGAUACAAGGCCAAAAGAUGCUGUGCUUCAUAUCCGUCUGAUACAACAUUUGCUUCGUAAUAAUAAAAUCAAAGAAGCAUUUGAUCAUAGUUGCAAUAUUGAGUUAGAUAAAAAGUUAUUUUCAAACAAUUAUGCUUGGUAUGAAAGUCUAUCUGAAAUUCUUAAGUACAACCAUUUAACAACAACUGAUUGGUUAUACCAGUUGCUUUUAUUAACAGUAAAAGAGAGGAUUUGUGUUUUAAGUCUAACUGAAGUACCAAAUUCUUCUUCCAAAGGCUUGGUAGAAUCAAGCAAUCUUCUCCAUGAUUAUGACCAAUCUAUUGAAAGUGUGGCGGAAACGGGUCCAUCUCCAGGAUUUCGUGAAUUUCAUAACAGUCUUUUAAAACAUCAUCAAGGGCAGUUGGCAUUUCAUACAGCAACAUUUUUACUUAAAAAGACUAAAAAAGGACAAUUCCAUUGGAGAGAGAUUAAGGAUUGUUCAGCAACUUUGAUGCUUAUAGCUUGGCAAACCAUUCCAAUUGAUCCUAAAGUUAACUGGUUAACUCAUGCACCUGAGAAACAACAAAAUGCUGUGCGUCGUUGGUAUCUGGAGGGAUCAUACAGAUGUUCUCAAUCUGGGCAUUUUUUGCUGGCUAAUAUGCAGGAUAAAAGUGAAGUCUUUAUAGAUGAGGUUUCUCAGUUUUGCUCCAAAACCUACUGGAAAGAUAGCUUGUAUGAAAAAACAUUUUCUGUGCCAGAGCAACUUGCCAAAAAGAAAUCAUCCCAUUUAGUUUCAGAUCAAUUUAAAGUUCCUUUAUUAAGGCUACCAAGAAAAUCAGAAGUUCAGGCUUAUGAUGAUGAUGCACAAAGAGAAUAUCCCAAUUCUCUUCACCAUUUUGUCUGGAUUCUACUUAAUUAUAAAAACUAUGCUGAGUUUAGAUGUACAUUAUUUGAUAUGCUAAGCCCAUCUGCGAUUGCAAGCUGUGGGCCUGAAACUCUUAAUAAAAUGGAUAUUCUCGCCUUUCUUUAUAGCGCUACAUUUACAGCUCAAAAUCUGAAAGAUAACAAAACUAACUUUGUUUCUAUAGAAAUGCCAGGUCUCUUUCCAGCCAACAUUACAGAUCUUUUGUGUUCCCUCCCUCAGACUAAAUGGUGGGAUUGUGCAUACAAAUUCAGCCAAAACGAGCUGGGUAUGGAGUACACUGAUAUUCGAUCCACAUUAAGUCGUGGUAUUGAAGUGGUGCGAUGUAUUGACAACCAUGCGCUUGAUCCUGAAUUAUUAUGUAUUUUAGGAAGAACUUUUAUCACAAAAGCUAAAAAAACAAAUGCUUCGGAAGAAAAAGCAAACCUGGAAGUACGAGCUUUACUUUAUUACUCAUCAGCCAUACCCCUUCUCGAGAAAUUGAAAUCAAAAACUGUUUUAAAAAUAUUCGAAAAGAGAAUGUUUGAUUAUACACACAAACAGCUCAGUACGAAAGAAAUUAAUCUUUUGUUAGAAGAGAGCAAACUGCAAAUUGCACUUUCACAUCUUAAUGAUGGUGAAUAUGAAAAGGUUAUUAAUCUUCUAUCUAAUGUGAAAUCACCACAAGCUUACUACUAUCUCAGUGAAACCUACAAAAAAAUAGCAUUGGAGGAAACCAGCUUAUCUAAAAAUAUUGAUAGUAAGUAUGGAAGUUUAUUAAAUAAAGCUAAGCAUUAUGCUUAUAAAGCUUUGAAUAGUAUGAAAAAUUUUGAAGAGAAUACAAGUCAUUCUUUAUACACUGAUUUACAAACAUUAAUAGAAGAUUUAGAAUCACAACUCAGCAGAAUUGACAUUGAUUUGGCAGCUAGUGCUACGAAUGAUGUUGACUUAUCAGAUGAGUAUUCUGUUAGUGAAAUUGCACCAAUGCGAUCUAGAUCAAAUCAUUAUCAGAAUGUUAGUUCCACACCUAAGCAGACAAGACAGGGCGUUAAUGUUAAUGCUACAGCUUACCGUACAGCAAUUGAUUCCCAGACAAUUGAAAGUGCUCAAGUAGAUCAAUUAUUUUUAGACAGGAUAGAAAAACAAAUAAAUAACUUCCACAAAACAGAAACUACAAUCAAUGUUUUUAUGGAUCAAACCAGAAACUGGUUUGAAGAGAAUCGAAAAUUGGGAAAUCAUAUUAUAAGUACUAUUAAUUCCCACAUUGAAAACACGACAGAUCAAUUUAAAGACCUUAAAAUAUCUGUUGAUCAAGUCAAAGAACAAAUAGACGAAUGUAGAAAUGAGUCGAAAGAUGUUAAAGACUUGAAGAAACAAAUUGCAGAGUUAAAAAAAGAAGUAAAUAAAUUAAAGAAGACUUCAACAGAUCACGCUAUAGAUGAAAGUGUUUUAUACAAUUUAGAGAAUGAUUACAGGACAAACGAUAAUCCGACUUUUACUGCACAACUUCCUUUUCAAGCUGCACCAAUCGUGCCACCAUUUGCUCAACGUCUUAUGCCUCCAUUCUCUAUGCCAUCUAAUCCAUAUCAACUUUACGGACAGAAUUUUUAUAACCUUUACAACCAAUAUUCUCAAUUUGCGCAGCCACCAGCUGUGCCCGGUGCAUCACAGAUGUUUGAUCCGACAAGAGCUCAAAUGAAUUAUCCAGGAGUUUAUCCUACACCAGAUCAAAUGUAUCUUGAUGUCGCACAUCUUGUUCCUCCGACACUCCCUACUGUUCCAACUAUGCCUUCUGUUCCUACUACACAUAAUAUACCCGCCGUAUCUACUGUAUCUUCGACAUCCGUUGCACCAAAAGCUGCGACAGGAUCUACGUCUAAAGUGUCACUGGAUUCCAAAGAAAAUUCAAAAUCAUUACCUGUGAAUGUUGUGAUAACUUCUUCUGAUCCCUUGCCAACAUGCGCCACUGUGCCAGCACCAGUGUUAAGUGUAACAAUACCACAGAAACAUGUUAAAGGAAGUCCCCAUAAUUAUCAAAUACCAUUGCCUUCUUCAAAUGAUUGUAAGACAGUAGCACCUCCUGUCUUUAGUUUCCCGACAUCAUAUAAAUCUAAUGUCACAACAGCGUCGAGUAUUUUGAAUUGGAAUAGCAACUUGUCUUCUCAAGCAGAAAACACGUUAUCUAAACCUAGUGGUAAUUUAUUCGAUAAAUCCGACAAAUCGGAAAGCGUUGUUGAUGGUAUUUUCACUGGGUUUUCCCCAAAUACUAGUAUUAAUAAAUCACGAACUUUAUCUGAAAGAAGUAACACAUCUAUUGAUAAUUAUGACCCAUGUCCAGACUUUAAACCAAUUAUACCAUUACCUGCAGAAGUUAAAAUUACUACUGGCGAAGAAGAUGAAACCGUUAUAUUCAGUUCCAGAGCAAAACUAUUUAGAUUUGUUGAUAAGCAAUGGAAAGAAAGAGGCAUUGGUGUAAUGAAAUUGCUCAAACACAAAGUAACUGGCAAAGUCAGAGUACUUAUGAGGAGAGAACAAGUCCACAAAAUAUGUGCGAAUCAUAUAAUAUCACCUAAAAUGGAACUAAACCCUAUGACAAAUGAGACUAAAGCUUAUUGUUGGAUGGCUCAUGACUAUGCUGAAGAAACUGUUAUUCUUGAAAAGUUUUGCAUAAGAUUUAAAACAGCUGACUUAGGUAAAGAAUUUUAUGAAACAUUUGAGAAGGCCCGAAAAGAAUCGUCUAAUGUAGGUGGAAAUGAUAUCAAGUAUAAUAGUAAUGUUUCAAAAUCAAAUUUUGAAAUAAGCGUCACCAAAGUUAACCCUUCCGUAAUAGAAACUACAGCUGACAUUCAAUCUGGGAAACCCGUUGUUGGAGGAUUUACUUUCAGCAGUAAACCAUCUUUUAAAGCUAUUGCGGAAACUACCGGUAAUGAAGCUACGAAAGUAGAAGCUCCGAAAAAUAAAAUUAACGUGUUUAGUGGACUGACUUUCAAUGCAGGAAAUUCAUUCACAUUUGGUAAUAAUUUGAACCUAGCUACUAGUGUAAGUAACCAAAUUGUGAAAACGCCAGAUAAUGCAGAUUUAACGAAAUUAAAUACGUCAGAUGUAGUUGAAGAUUUCGAGCCAACAGCAGAAUUUAAACCUGUUGUGCCACUACCUGCUCUCGUUAACCAAAAAACUGGCGAAGAAGAUGAAAUAAUUUUAUUUGAACAUAGAGCUAAGCUUUUGCGCUUUGAUGUUGGAGACAAAGAGUGGAAAGAAAGGGGACUUGGUAAUAUUAAAUUACUUGUGCAUAAAGAAAGCAAUAAAAAAUUACGACUUUUGAUGAGAAGAGAACAGAUUAUGAAAGUUUGCUGCAAUCAUUCUGUCACAAAAGAAAUGUCAUUCCAAAAAAUGCCUAAUAUGGAUAAAGCAGUUACAUGGUGCGCCAAAGAUUUUUCAGAAGGUGAAUUAGUUUCCGAAACAUUUUGCUUACGUUUUAAAACUGCACAAAUAUGUGAUGACUUUAUUGAAGCUGUUAAAGCAGCUCAAAUUAAAAUUUGCGAUGACGCAAAAGCUGUAAAAGAAGAACAGAAUGCAGCCAAACAAAAUAACCAAAUAGGAUUUGGUGAUAGGUUCAAACCUAAGCCAGGGUCUUGGUUCUGUAAAACAUGCUAUACAAAUAAUUUAGAGACGUUUGUGAAAUGUGCUUGUUGCGAAACUCCAAAUCCAGAAUUAAAUAGCAAUAGCAAUAAAACAUCUGUCAUUACUUCUGGAUGGGGAGACAAAUUCAAACCUAAACCUGGAUCUUGGGAAUGUAAACAAUGUUUUAUUCGCAAUGAUUCUAAUCAUGAUCAAUGUUGUGCUUGUAAUAGUUCCAAGGAUGGAACUGUUAAAAAAACAGAAGUCAAAACCAAUGAUGCACCAAAAUUCAAUUUCGGUAUUCCGUCAACCGCUACACAAAAGCCAAGUGAAACCAGUUCCAAUCCAUCUAUACUAAAAACCCCAGAGCCUGCCAUUUUUAGUACAAGUAAUGUUCAAAAAUUUACCUUCGGUAUUCCGAAAACCGAAACACUUACAUUUGGUGCGACAACGCAAUCUCUAAUUACACCAAAUUUAUUCAGUGCUAAUAAAGUAAGUUCUGAAAAUGCUAGUCCCAUUAAUUAUAGCGUAAAGAAAGAUGAAAUGGAGAGCGUAAGCAUAACACCUGUGAAAGCACCUUUAUUGGAAACGCCGAAAACCAAUAUCACAUCUUUAGGUAAGAGUACUGGAAUAUAUGAAUUCUCAUUUAAACCAUCAACGAAAGGAAAAAGUCCCGUCAAAUCACCAAAAGACGAUAAAGGUGAUGACAGUGAUGAUAAUGAAUACGCAUCUGAAGAUGAAGGUCACCAUAUUCACUUUAGUCCGGUUAUUGCAAUGCCAGAAAAGAUUGAAGUUGUGACUGGAGAAGAACAAGAAGAGGAGCUAUAUUGUCACAGAGCCAAAUUAUUUAUAUUUAAUAAGGAGUGGAAAGAACGUGGUGUAGGCAAUGUCAAAAUACUAAAACAUAAGGAAACUGGCAAUCUGAGAGUAUUGAUGCGACGUGACCAAAUUCACAAAAUUUGCCUUAAUCACACUUUGGUGCCUGAAAUUAUAUAUAAACCAAAGGAUGACAAAACAUGGCUAUUUUAUGCUAACGACUUCAGUGAAGGGCAGGUAGUUCUUCAACACUUUUGUCUUCGAUUCAAAAAUAAGGAAAUAGCAUUGCAGUUUAAAGAUGCUGUUGAUAAAGCACUAGCUGGGAAAAAAGUUUUAUUCGGAGCCAAUAAUCAACCGCAUAGCGAAAACACAACAUCUGAAGAUGUUGUUUUUGUAACUGAAAUACAAGCUUCAAGUGAAGAAAAGCAAAGAGCUAAGGAGCUUAUGUUACCAGAAAAUUUCUAUACAUAUAAAAAUAAAGAGCCAUGUUCAGGUUGCAGAGGUUGCGAGGAAGAUAACAACACUAAACCAGAAUCAGAGAAAGAAAUACCAAAAAGUUCAAAAUUGGGUUUAUCAGUAGAUUCGAAUUCAGCUACACCACUUAAAAAUUCACCAUUAGUUUUCCAGAGUCCCACUAGUUCCGUUUAUGGUACACCUAGUAAUUUUGACAGGUCUACCAACACUACUAUGUUCCGCACCCCGUUAAGCGCCAUUAAAUCGAAUACCACACAAGCUGCUUCACUGGCAACAUCAACUUUUAGUUUUACAGAUAAUGAUUCAACAGAUAAAGAAAAUACUCUGACGGAUAGUCCUAACACACAUAUUUCUUCCCAACCAGUUUCUUUUGUUACUGGAGGAAUAAUGCAAAACCAAACGGCUGCGUCUAAAACUUCAAUUUUAGCUGCUCCAAAAUUAAAUAUGUUGCAUCCCUCAAAUGAUAUGAGCAAAUCUGAAACUGAAACUAUAGCUCACACAGACGAAAAUAAACCUAUCUUUGGCGAGAAGAACUCUGGCAGCACAGGGUUAUCAACUAACAAGUCUAUAUUUAGUUUCAACCCUCAAAUUAACAAGGGUGAUUCUCGGACAACCUCCAUAUUUUCGGAUACAAAUGUUUCUCAAGUUAACCUUUUUAGUAAUAAUUCUCAAGAAAGUAUAUUUGGUCCUGCUGCUUUAAAAAGUAUACAAUCGAAACCGCUAAUAUUUGGAAAUGGAACGUUUUCUUUUGGAACUGAUCUGAGUCGGGAAACACCCAAAAACAUCUUUGGCGUAACAACUAUAGAUAAGCAAAAAACCUCAGAUUCUACCAGUAAAAACCAACUUGAAAAACUGCAAGAAAAUCAAAACAAUGCAAAAAUAAUUAGUGAAAAAUCGGAUAACGUAUCAAGUACACUUGAAAUAAAUAAAUCUGUUGAACCAAUAGUAAAUGCUGACUCUGCAACAAAAGACAUUUUAUGUAAAGCUGAUAGUUCACUAACAUUUGAAGCAUUAGUAUCAAGUUCUCCCAGUAUUAAAAUACAGGUAGAACCCGGUUUUAAAUGGGAGGGUGCCGGGCAACAACUCUUCGUAAAUACGUCUGCUAAGGAGUCUAGCAAUAAAUCGAAGAAUAAUAGCGGUGCGGCAGACGAUUCGGGAGCGGCUGCUAGCGCCGAGGAAGAAUACGAUCCGCAUUACGAACCCAUUGUGCCCAUGCCUGACAAGAUCGUAGUUACAACUGGUGAAGAAGAUGAGCAAAAACUGUUUGGCGAACGCUGCAAGUUAUUCCGCUUCGAUGAUAAAUCUCGUGACUGGAAAGAGCGCGGAGUCGGUGAAAUGAAAAUAUUGUAUCAUCCGCAGCGUAACAGUUAUCGUUUUCUUCUAAGAAGAGAACAGGUUCACAAAGCUGUUUUAAAUAUGCUCCUGUUUAUGGACUUAAAUUUGUUGCCAUUGAAAAAUUCAGUCUGUGCUUGGACUUGGGCCGGCCAGAAUUUCGCCGAGAGUGAAGGCGAGCACGAAACAUUGGCAGCUAAAUUCAAAACAGCUGAAAUAGCUGAAGCUUUCCACAACAAGGUCGUAGAGUGUGUCAGGAAAAUACAAGCGUCAGCCGCACAGGCCAUAAGGAAUGAAAAAGAAGGCCGAGAGAUAAAGUUUGAGAGUGUCCCUCCAUUGCGGCUACCGAAGCAUUUAGAAGGUGCCCGUGCGGAUAGUAAGGCUCCCUCUGUAUCACACGCUAGUGUAGCACCUAAACCAGAUGUAGGACCUUCCAAUGAAACUGAGAAGAAAGAAAACGGCGAUUCGCAGAAGGCGGGUGAAACUAGCGACACGAAACAAGUUCAGUUUGAAGAGCCGGAGGAAGGUCAUGGGAACUAUGAUGACGAGGAUUACGAGCAUGACUAUGAAAACGCUGAAGGCUAUGAAUACUACUAUGGGAACGAGGAUGAGGAAGAGUCGUCUGCGUACUACCCGUGCAAGGCUGUGGUGCAGCGGGACGGGCAUCAAGAGACUCACGAGCAGACGCACAUACAAGUGUCUUUCGAUCAAGACAUCUGCUCGCCCAAGAUCCUCGUCACGGAUUACAACACCGGCGAGAUACUAGCUGACAUGCUCAUCCAUACUGAUACCGAGUUCCAGCUGUCUGGCGACACAUGUUCCUGGUCGGGGGCUGAUUACACCAGCAACGUGUCUGUAGAAAAGUCGAUAACCGUCACUUUCCCCGACAGCUAUACAGCCUUGGAGUUUUAUGACAGCUGUGAGACCAGCAAAGCGACCUGCGCGACGUACGCGUCGACAGAUCCAGAAUCGUAGACUUAGUUAUGUUUAACAUAUGUUGGUAGACCGACUUGUGUUUCCGGAUGUUUAGUCACUAAGUAUGUAUUAAAAAUAAUGUAUGGUAUUGUGUAUUAAGUCUUGUAGACUUAGAAACUUCUUGUUAGAAUUGAUGAUUAGUAUCACUAAGUUAUCAUUUGUAUCACUAAGACAACUCAACAUACAGAAUUUUAUUACUAUUCCUAUUAGUGACUCAAGAUAAUGUAGUUAUUGUUUUUCGAAAUUAAUUUAAUAAUAUAAAUUCAACAUUAUAUAACCGCAACAGUAUACUAAUGUUUUCCACGGACUAUUAUUAAAUCAAUUCUUAAAAACAAUACAUUUUUAUUUUUAUGAUUGGCCAUAGUGUGUGUAGACCCAUGCAUACUUCCUGGCUUAUAUGGAAAUAAUUUAUGAAAUAAAAAUAAAAAAAGUAAUUAAAAUUAUCGGGCAAUUAGUGUGAAAUAUUUUAGUUAAAUUCUAUAGUAUCAUUUUGUUGUUUAGUAUUUCCAAUUGAAAACCUAACUCUACUUUAUUUUUCUAAAAGCCAACCUGAAAGUGAUAUGACACUGUUCCGAUGAAGAAUUGAAUUUUUGUUUGUAGAUUGUUUUAUACCUUUUUUUUAAAUAUAAAUGACAUUUCACUAAUAUUGCUGUCGUAGUCGGUGUUCGAACCUUUUCACCUUGUGCAUUGUUAUGUAUGAGGUACAUAGUAUAAUAAUUUUAUAUGUUCUAAUAUUAUUAUGAACCAUUGAAAAUAUUGAAUUAUUUGGUUUCUCCAAGGCAAGUUUACAGGUUACCUAUCGUUUUAAUCAUUUUUGCUAUUCAACGAGAAUCCAGCUUAUUGUUUUGUUUCCGCUUCAAUAUAGUAUUGGCACAUGCUAUUGGCGGAUUGUGGUGAAAAAAGUAGCAAAGUAACGAUGGCUCCAAAUUCGUGAGUGAAAUCUUAUUUUCAAUGGAUGAAUGACUAAAAAUGUAUGUACAUCUAUAUUAUAAAAUACUUUUAAACCGAGCUUGCAUGUGCCGAUACGUGAAAUGUGUGUAUUAUGCUUGAAUAUGUGUAAAUCCCACAUCCAAAAGUCUGAGGUUUAAGUAAUUUAUGAAUUUAUUAAUGACAAUUUCGAUAUUAUCUCGGAUUUGUAUUGAUAACAAUCGACUUAAACUAAUUAUUCAUGUAUAUUAAUUGUCCAAUAAUAAUAAUAGCAGCAAUUAGUCGUUAGUGCUUAGAUCUGAGGUUGCCCUUACCUUUUCACAUAAUAUGUGUUACAUGUUUUUCACAUAAUAUGUCAACAUUAUUUACAAGUUGCUGUUCAAGCUUUGUUUUUAAUUGCGAGUUACUUCUUUAAAAGUGUUUCAUUCAUAUUCUUACAACACAAUUAGUGACUGAAAGCAAAUAACACUUGUUACGUUUGAAUGAUAAUGUAUUUAAAAUUGGUUCCUUUACUAACUUAACAAUCUGUAAAUAGAAAGUUCAUAAAGUAUUUCGACUAGAACUGUAAAUUCACUUCAUUUGAAUAAAAAUAAACCUCUUUAACUCACUAUAAUAUAAUAAUAAAUCAUAUUUUUUGAUGGUUAUUUAAUCAGUUCCAUAAUAGGUAUUGGGUCGAGAUCGGUUUUGUUCAUUCAAAUGGUGUGGAAAAAUUAAUGAGAAUUCAUAUUAUUACUUAUAUAUGUGGUUUCUUUCGCUUCAUUGCAGUAUGAGCAAUUGUGUUAAAAUAUGAUUUAAAAUUAAAAAGGCAUUGAUUAUGUGUUGUACACAAGAAACUGAACAAAAUUGACACCUUUUUAAAGUUUAUCGGAGUUACCUUCUAUUCGGAGAUUAAUCAUUAUUCUAUAUCCUAAACAAAGCUUUAUUUAUCCUUACAUCAGAAAAUAUUUUUAAUUUAACUUUUAAGUUGAUUUCUUUUUACGCAUUUAGACAAUUACCAAAAGUCUAACGCGGACAUAAAGCAAUAUCGGGCUUAGUUUAGGAUAGAGAGCAAUUAUUAUUUUUAUUAAUAGAGCAUUGAUUAGCCGAUUAAUUUUUAUUAAUAUAUUUUACAAAGAUGAACCAAUAAGUUUCAAGUCGUAUGGGGUAGCGUGUUAUAAAUAUGUCCCUGUCUUUAAAUCGUGUCAAUUAAGUUCAUCCUUCUGUGUCACGAAGUACGCACUGUUUAAUUGUUUCAUCAUUUCAUUUUCUGUAUAAAAUUGAACAACUGCAAAUUCUACAAGAUUUAAAUGAUAAAGUAGACUAUUGUAAGUAGAAAGAAAAGAGAUCUGAUCAAUAUAUAUGUUUUUCCUUUAAAAGGAACUAUGGUAAGUGCUUUUGUAGUUUUUAAUAUAAUUCAAGUAACGGGACGGGAAAACAUGCAACCCGACAUCCCACACCACGUGCAGUCCGCAUGUUGACCAGUAAACUCAGAAGAUAAAAAACACAUUACCAAUACUCAUCGCCGGGAGUUGGUAAUUUAUUUCUAUAAAAACUAUUAUAUUAUUAGAAAAACACCUUUAUCGCGUGGAGUAUGGUGGCGUGUUGUCAAUGUGUUUCCGGCUUUAAUGAUUUAUUGAAAUUGAUCAGGUCUUUUUCUAUGACAACUAAAGGCGACUCACCAUUCGUCUAGUUGAUACUGUAUUCAUUAGUGUCUUUAUUUAAAAUAAAACUAUUUAUUGAAUUGUGGUUUUAAUAAUUAUUGAUAAAAAUGUAUUUGAUAUAAUACCAUUGAAUUGUGAAAACUAAUGAACGCAGUAUAUUAUGUUAUAAUUAAAAUUGUAAAAGGUGUUUUAGGGUUUGUUUCCACUGAAGCGAAGACCAGCAGAGUCAAUAGUGUAAUAUAUCCUGUGAACAAACGUAACUUUUAGUACGUAGCUCACGGUAUAGGUUGCACACGUAGUAUGGCUUCAGAGUUGAAAUUUAAAACGAGAUAUCGUGAUAAAAUCAUUGAUUCAUCGAUUUUUAAUCUGGUUCUUCCUGCACGUCUUGAUACCAAUCAUAGAUUACUUUGUCCUAGUUGCACGUUAAGUGAAACUUAAAAUCUAGAGAUCCCUUUUUCGAUUAAAUUUGACAAUGUAAACUAUCAGCUUAAAACAAAUAAAAUGUUGUAUACAAUUUU